AUGAAUCGUAACAGACGCCGUGGUGGCGUGAGCUCGGGUUUCGCCAGUCUCCGUGAUGGUGUUAAAAGGAGGCUUUUUGACCCUUUUGCUGUGCCAGUUGCUCCGGACCCUCGGGCUGUUAUUAAUAGACUGACUCCUAUCCUCUAUGCUCAGCCCUAUGUCCCCUCAAUGUUACAUUGGUCGGAUGUUACACAGCCUCCCAAGAAAGAUUUGACCGCAGAGGAAGUUUACCAGUUACGAUUGUUUGAAACGAGGGCUAUUGUUGAUUAUGCCUUUGAAAAUUCAACCGACGUCCGCAGCCUGGCGACCAGGUCCAAAGGGGUUUUGGUGGGAAAAUCAGAGUUACUUCCUUCUGCAAAAGUGCGGUCCUCCACUGUACACAUCCUAAUGAAAACCGAGGAAAUUUCAUUUUGGAGGGAUGGUGGCCUUCUUCAGUCCUUCUCGAAUCCAUUCGAAUGGUACCCAAGGGAAAUCGCUGGAUAUCUGUCCAAGAGUUCAUCUGGCGCGCCAAGUUCAUCAAAGCGCGUUAGAUUCGAUUGUCCUCCAGGAGGGGUCAGUGACGAAAUGGAAGAUGGGGCCGUCUUGGAUCGGACCAUAUUCGAAGUUGUCGACAAAAAUGACGACGACGACGUGUCAGUAGGGGGCGUGGGCGACCUGACUGAAGCCGAAAAUCAAGAAAACAGGGAUUCGGAGGACGAGCGGUGGAAUGGGGAACAGGUGGAAGAAGAAGCCGGAGACGAAAGCAACGACUACUGCGAAACUUAUUUUGACAACGGAGAAGAUGAUAUUGACGAUUUUAACGUGCAAAUGUACGAAGCAGGUGAUCAAGACGACGGCGGUGAAUACUAUGAUCUAUAA